AUGCAUUCUGCUUCUGCCUCUUCAACUCACCUCUUCCAGCAAUCUCAUGCACACUUCUACUCAAGAAGAUUGCUACUAAAAAGUCGUCUUAACCAAUUUCAAGCAACAGCAACUCCUCCAUCAAGUGGAAAUAGCAACAGUACCAUAUCAGAUCCUUACCCUAACAGUUUUGAGGCCAAUGUUGUAAUGGGACUCUCUGUGCUUUUAUGUGCCAUGAUUUGCUCACUGUUGUUGACUUAUAUCAUCAGGUGUGCAUUGAAGUGCUCGGGUUUAAUAUCGGGCCAGACCAGUGACAGGCCCACGGGCCGAUUAGCAAACACGGGGAUCAAGAAGAAGGUCCUGAAUACUUUUCCUGUGGUAAGCUAUUCGGCUUAUCAGGUGAAGCAACCGGGCUUCGACACUGUUUGUGUGAUAUGUUUGUCGGAAUUUUCUUCCGGUGAGCUCGUUCGAGUCCUUCCCAAGUGCAACCAUGGCUUUCAUGUCCUGUGUAUUGAUAGAUGGCUUAAUAUACACUCCUCAUGCCCUACUUGUAGGCACUGUUUGGUGGAGACAUGUCAGAAGAUUGUGGGCUCUAGCCAGGCUAGUACAUCAGAGCCCCAGUCACCGCCACCGACACCACCACAGUCACCGUCACCGUCAUCGCCGGAAAGCGUAAUGAGGAUUGGUCCACUAGAGCCUGAAGUCGGCCGGAUUGCUCCACUAGAGCCUCAGUGCGCCAUUGACUUAUUCCAGCUUGUUCUUGGUGGAGAAUUUGAACUACCAUGA